ACCGCCCACACCCGCGCCAUGGUGCUGCCACUGCCCGUGCUGCUGCUCUGCGCCUGGCUGCCGCUGCUGCUGCACCUGCUGCCCACUGCCGCGCGCCCGCUGGGCAGCAGCAGCCGCCGCCGCAGCACGCCCGCGCGCAUCGUCCUCUUCGGCGACUCGCUCUCCGACAACGGCAACGGCAGCUUCGCCCUCACGCGCCGCGCAUGGCCCGCCGAUGCGGCCUACUUUGACGGGCGCUUCAGCAACGGGCCGACGUGGAUCGAGUACGUGGCACAGGCGUACUUUGCGCCGCCGCUGGACCGCGGCCUCGACGACGGCGCGUUCGGCGGCGCCACGCUCGACGAUGUGCGCGUGCAGGGCUACACCGGCAUCAACUCGACCAUCCCGGUGCCCGGUGUCUUUGCGCAGAUCGAGCGCUAUCUCGCCAAGCACACGCCGGCGUGCGAUGAGCUCUACGUCGUCUCCGGCGGCUCCAACGACGCCUUCUUUGCCCUCGGCACGCCGCUCUUCGACUCGCCCGAGCGCUUUGCUGCGCAGUCCGCUGAGCUAAUCCAGCAGGGCGUCGAGCGCCUACGCAAGCAUGGCGCUCGCACCUUCCUGCUGCCGCUCGGCCCCAUGCUCUCCUCGAGUCCAUACGCCCUCUCCGCCUCGUCCGCCAUUCGCUCACAGCUGGCGCGCUACUCCGCCGCACUGCGCGCCGCCGUCAGCGCCCAGGUGGCGCUCUAUAAGGCGCGCCACCCGCUCGACGUCGCCAUCGUGCUCUUUGAGACGAGCCUCGAUGCGCAUGCGCACGAGUUCAAACACGCCGACACGCCGUGCCUCGAGGGCGCGUACGGCGAGGCGCCGCGCCGACUCUGCGACGAGCCGGACGAGUACGUCUACUGGGACCUCUACCACCCGAGCACUCGCGCACACGCCAUCAUUGCAAAGCAGGCUUUGCAGGCGCUGCGCGUCGCUGGACUGCCGCCGCCGUCGCAGCCACACGACGAACAGUUGCGCCUACAGGCCCUCUCGCCUCAUCGCGCGACGCAGCGGUAGACGAGGCGCUUGCGUGGCAUGAGACGCUGAGCGAGGACAGAGCUGCCGGUGGUGCGGCUAGGACCCCUGUCCUGCGUCUCUUCGGGUGCAAGCGCAGGCUCUAGCGUAGCUCUCGUGCUGGUCGCAGGGACAUUGUCAGCAGAACAUCUCCGCGCAGUCUCUUCCCGUCGGGAAGGGCCUGAAGGGAGAUGUCUUGAACGGCAACGUCCCUGCGACCAGCCGAGGAUGUUGGCUAUGGUCUGUUCCUGCUUCUGAGGAGCGCAGUCACAGAGCCAGCGCCUCGCAAGCGCUCUGUCCAUGUGCUCUUUCGCAUGCCGCUCUCCGCGACACAGCUCGCCCUGCCCGUGCCGUGAAGCGACUCCGCUGCAGCCGACAUACACACUACUCCCCUACUAAUACAUAGAUUGCCAUGCG